AUGUUCUCGGUGGAGGACAAACCUUCGGGGGCUUAUAACCUCCAAGAGAUUUGCAAUGCGAACCGGUUUAAAUGGGACUUGCGGUUAUGCAAACCACCUGCGGUUGGCAGGGAAUUCUCUUGGACAAAUGGCCUUCCGAGGCUGGGUUCAGACCAUGUUCCUAUUCGACUUGAAGUGGGUGGUCAUUUCUCUUCGCCGAGGUCGUUCAGGUUUGAGAAAGUGUGGUUUACGGCUGAUGGGUUCCGGGAGAUGAUUCAGCAGUGGUGGGAAGACUUGGUUCCUACAGGUUGUGGGGCCUUCGUGAUUUCUAAAAAGCUGGCAUGGCUUAGAGAGUGUCUGAGGGUGUGGGCUAAGGAGAGUUUUGGGUCUAUCAAACUCAAAAAGUUGAAUUUGUUACAAGAGUUGGAGAGUUUGGACAUCAUUAAGGAAUCCAGGUGUCUUCUGCCUAAUGAAGUUAUCUCCGAACAACACCUUUUGAAAUCGCUUGAGACUAUUCAUAAACAAGAGGAAAUCUACUGGCGCCAAAGAUCCAAGCUCCAGUGGUUAAAAGAAGGUGAUGGUAAUACGAAUUUUUUCCAUGCGGUGGCAAACGAGAGGAAUUGCCAGAAUCUUAUUCCUGGUAUAAGUCAGGAUGGGAGGUUAGUUUCGGAUCCGAGAGGAAUUGGGAGGAUUUUUGUGUCUCGUUUUCAGCAGCAGUUUGGUAGUAGGCGGUCGUCACAUUUCAAAGUGGAUUUUCCCAAGCUUUUAUCCCUCAAGCAGCACGUAGAUCUGGUGGAUUUGGAUCACCCCUUUUCUAGGGAUGAGAUCAAAGAAGUGGUAUUCAGUUUAGGGGGGGACAAAGCUCCUAGGCCGGAUGGGUUCCCAAUCUUUUUCUUCAAACAAUCAUGGGAGACUGUCAAGGAGGACAUUUUCAAGCUUUGUGAGGAUUUCUAUGAUGGUAGAGCUAACUUGGAAAGGAUUAACUGGGCGAACAUUGCGCUCAUUCCCAAGGUGGAGUCGCUGGAACAUCCUGGGGACUAUAGACCUAUCAGCCAGAUCAAUUCGUCACUCAAAAUUCUAUCCAAGAUUUUGGCUACUCGGUUGGGAAAAGUAAUGGAUAAGCUGGUGGACCAUGCUCAAUCAGCCUUUUUGAAAGGUCGAUGCAUUCUGGAUAAUGUGGCUACUGCGGAGGAACUGAUUUUUAGUAUGAAAAGGAGAAGACUGCCUGGGUAUAUCCUGAAAGUUGACUUUGCUAAGGCUUUUAACCUCGUGGAUUGGGAAUUUCUUCUGGAACUUCUCAAGGCCAGGGGUUUCAGGGAUAAGUGGGGAUUGCGUCAGGGGGACCCUUUAUCUCUGUUGCUGUUUAUUAUGGUCACUGAUAUGCUCAGUGUGAUGUUUAACCAUGCCCUGGAAUCUAUGGUAAAUUUUUCCAAGACAUGUCUGUACUCAAUUUGCAUGGGUGUUGUUCCUGAGGAAGCAGCGGUUUUAACCAUGAACUACGCAACUGGGCUUCUACCGGUAACAUUUUUGGGCAUUCCUAUCUCUGGGGGCAGACUACGCAAGCAAGACUGGGAGAGGCUUAUUGCAUGGUGCAUGGGUAGGGCUCCUAUGAAUAUUUGGCCUGAACUUUUUAACAUGAGCGCUCAGCAGAACGCGACUUUCAAUGAUUUGGGUUACCUACUGGGGGAGCAGCCUUUUUGCGAGGAGGAGUAUAUUGUACAAAUACGGGAAAAAUGGAGGUCAAAUGAGAGGGAGGAGAAGGAUAAAAAGAGUUGGUCUCUUAUUGGCAACGGUGUGUUCUCGGUGAAAUCAGUCUACAACUUUGUGAACGACGGGGGCUUGAGGUGUGACUUAGCAAAGUUCUUUUGGAAAAGCAAUUGUCCCAAAAAGAUUAACAUGUUCAACUCGUUGUUCGAUGCUCUUGCAGAUAACGCCAAGACAAAGAUGGAAGAUACUAUGGCUGCGGUCAGGCGUAGCCUUGAGUUCGUUGGUCCGGGGAGACAGACGGACAGUGAGGUUGAUACUGCCGAGGAGGCACUCGAGCAUACUGAGGAGUAG